UCGAUCGAUAUUCAUAGAACCUUGCUGGAUUUUUUAGCUAUAGGUGUUUUACAAACAUGGUGCUGUCGUUGAACCAUUUAGAUACAUAAUUAGUGGUUGGCGUGAUUACUUUCUCCCUAAGUUUCUUCGGAGUGGAACCGGAGACAUGUUUUCAUGUUGAAAUGACCCUCCCUUCACGCAGGGGAGGUUGUGAACCAUGACAGAUUGUAAUGUGAACUAGAAGAUAUUCAUAUUCUUAUGACACAGUUCGGAAUAAAUUCCUUUUCGAGACCUUGUGCAAAAUAAGGUGCCAUGUUUCUCAGUUUCAUGUGGCUAAUAAUUCUAUGCUGAUAUGAAGUACCAGAGUGAUGUGACACUGUAACAUGUUAGAACUGGUAAAGCAGUUACUGAGAGAUAUCUGGAGUCUGCAAUGAAUGCACAGACAGCAGAUUCGCUGACUGUGCUGCAUGGUGCAGACACAGCACAUGCUCAUGCUGUAGUUACUGAUGAGGAAGAUGAUGAUGGAUGUCCAUCUUCCCCAGGCUCUAGCACGCAAUAUGUCGAAGGCGGUGACUUGAUGGCCGCUGCUAUGAAUGAUGAGGUGACAGCGCAGCUCGCCGCAGCAGGCCCUGUGGGAGUAGCAGCAGCAGCGGCCAUAGUAUCGGCUAAGAAACGCAAACGACCACACUCGUUUGAGACCAAUCCCUCAAUUAGGAAGAGGCAGCAGAAUAGAUUGCUUCGAAAGUUACGGCAAACAAUCGAUGAAUUUGCGACGAGGGUAGGACAGCAGGCUGUUGUAGUUGUAGCAACGCCUGGCAAGCCCCAAAACAGCUUCAAAGUGUUUGGGGCUAAACCACUAGAAGAUGUGAUGAGGAACAUCCGCACAAUGAUAAUGGAUGAAUUGGAAUCUGCAUUAGCACAACAAGCUCCACCACCCGUCCAGGAAGACCCGUCGCUGUAUGAAUUACCUCCACUUAUCAUCGAUGGUAUCCCUACGCCUGUCGAAAAGAUGACUCAAGCACAACUGCGAGCCUUUAUUCCUCUGAUGCUCAAAUAUUCGACAGGGCGUGGGAAACCAGGGUGGGGUCGUGAGUCGACGAGACCUCCUUGGUGGCCCAAGGAACUGCCUUGGGCAAAUGUGCGUAUGGAUGCGCGCACAGAGGAUGAGAAGCAAAAGAUAUCGUGGACACAUGCUCUGCGCCAAAUAGUCAUCAACUGCUACAAGUACCAUGGGAGGGAAGAUCUGCUCCCUGCAUUCAGUGAGGAUGAAGAGGCCAACGGGACUGUGACAGCGGUCGUUUCUGGCAGCUCUUCUAGUAACACUGGCUCAGCAUCACUUGUGGGCACUGCUGCUACCAGUACUGGUACUGCGACCAUUGUGGGAACAGCGAAUAGGAGUUCAGUGUCUGCUGCAACACAGGCAACAGUGACAGCGCAGUAUGCUCCAGCAGUUCUGCAGACAAUUAGCAAUGCAGAUGGUACAGUCUCCAUCAUCCAGGUGGACCCAAAUAAUCCUAUCAUCACAUUACCUGAUGGUACAACUGCUCAAGUCCAGAGUGUCACGGCUCUGGCUGAAGUUGGCCCAGGUCAAGGUGAAAAUGUGGCUGUGGACCUUAACAGUGUAACAGAAGCCACUCUUAAUCAGGAUGGCCAGAUCAUUCUUACUGCAGAGGAUGGUCAUGGUUAUCCAGUAUCUGUCUCUGGAAUGAUAACUGUGCCAGUCACUGGAUCAAUGUAUCAAACUGUGGUGGCAAAUCUACAACACCUCCAUCCACAAGGGGAGCCAGGUAGUUUGCAGGGUGAAGACCGUCUGUUCCAGGUGGUGACACCAAUGGUACAGGUACCAAAGGCAGAGCCAGGGGGUGAUGCAUCUGCUGCCACAGAGGUGGAGGCUAUCACAGUAACGCCCCAGCAGUUGCUGGGACCGCACCAGCUAGUUAGUGUCCCUGGUGAACCACAGCUACUGCAGGUUCUGUCUCUGAAAGAGAGCCCACCAACUCCAGGUAAUGCAUCAGUGCAGACCCCACCUCACAGACCGACCACGCCGGCUGGUAAGAGGUCUGCGGCUGUCGGCCCAGGAGAAUCGUCGGUAGUGGAGGUCAGCAUCGAUGUCAAAGAGGAAGAGGCACCUGCUCCGACAUCAGUGUCCGGUACAGGUGGACCGAGUUCUGAUCAGUGACGACUUACGGCCCCUAGUCAUCUCAAGGCUUUGAGUUGUCGUGGAGUGUAGCUCUUGCAGAGGAUACCUGAAAAUGGGUUACUUCACCAGAACUGGAGAAAUAAUUGAAGACUCCUUUACAUUAGUACCUGUUUUGAGCCUCGUCAAGAGGUGACAGCUCCACUGUCUGUUUCUGUCUCUCUCAGUACCAUAUGUCCAAAAUGCAGGACGAGUUUUGGAGUUUGUAGUUUAUUUUCCAUCUGCUGUAGUUUGUGAGUCCUUCUCGUAGAGUUUGGUUUGGUACCUUUCUCUUUUGGAAGAGUGACACUACCAACAAGUGUGUGUUCCUCUCACAUGAAGAAAGUCUGUAGCUUUAAACAGAGAGUUUCACUCAAUGUUGCAGUAUCACAUGUGUAUGGUAUUUAAUCUGUAAAACUAUGUUGUUUAUUCAGUCAUCUAGUAACACAUACUGCUACAGAAAAAAAUUUCACUUUUUAUUUAAUGUUGCAGUAUUAGUAGAGUGCAACUAUAGUAUUUGAAGUUAAAGAUCAGUUAAAAAUUCUGAAGUUAUUGGUACCAUUAUGAUCUGACAGAGGUCAGAGUGCUAUGUUUCCUCCCCUUUGUAAUGAAUACAGAGCUUCAGUUAUUUCAAAACAAAAUCAUCAACAUUACUUCAGCUGUGAGUUGUGGAUGUGAAGUGUUCCUCACUUACAUGGUAAGAAAACUACAUCUGUCAUAUAUAAUAUUUGUUUCUUCAACCUUCAUUUGCAAGAACUAAUAAUCUUAUGCAUACAAAUUAUUUGGUCAAAUUUCUGUGAGCAUUAUCUUGCACAGAGAUUAUCAAAAUAUGUGUAUGAAAUCUGUUCAUAGGAAUUAAAUCAUUCACAUACCAGAUAAAGUUUUUAAUAUUAUUAAGGAGCUAUGGAAACAGAUCUCCAUGAGCUUUAAUGUUAAAAGAGAAAGAUCACCAUGUUGUUGUUUGUCAUUUUCUGUUGGGAUCAAGUAUAAUCUUGAAGACAUUUCCAAAAACAAUGUCUUUCUCUUGAUUAGUAUUAAAUAUCUUGUGAUAGUUAAAAUAUUUCCCAUGGACUCAGUACAUGAAAUAUUAUUUUUACACAGUAGUGAUUUUUCCUUUACAGCAUUUGUUUACUUUGAUAGACCAAUAAAUUGUACAUGAUAUGCUGGGUCAUGUGAGAACUAUAAACGUCUAAUUUCAAAGUCUACAGCCAACCAGGAAUCCACUGCUCACUGCUGUAGUGUUUUGUGGGCCAAAUAAGUUACACUAUAAAACAGUAAUUAUAUUACUUGAACAUUCAGUCAGGGUUGAGUGUUUUGUUCCCAGAUGUAAAUACUUGUGACAAUUAAUAUUUUAUGCAAGUAUUUUAUUGGAAUUUUCAUUUUUUUGUACCAUAAAUAUUUGUAAAUAAUGAAAAAUUAUUGAAAAUCCUUUGCAGUGUUAAUAUUUAUAAAUUUUUACACAGUAUGAUAUAAAUUUGUAUUGUGCUUGUCAUAUCUUAGCUUAAAGCUUUCACUUUUUCUGUAUCUUCUCCAUAUUCACAUUUCAUUGCAAAAACAUGAAACAGUAAAUCAGUGCUGAAACUUAUAAUUGCACAAAUGUCAUCACAACAUUUGUUUUUUCCGCCCUCGUGUUUGCAUGCUGUUGAGUUUGUUCAGGCAUAAGUAGCCUCUUAGGGUAACAGAAUUCAUUACAGUUUUGUGCCAUGUCAUAAACUGGACAUCUGGAAAGAAAUUUAAGAUUUUCUCUUGUUUUUAUAUCAACCUGACAUCUGCGUUGGAAUAGCCAUUGCACAUAAUAAAAUCCAACCAGUCUUUAUUCUACUUAUUUCUGGUUUCUAACAGAAAUUGGUAUCAGAAAGCACAUUAUAAUGUUCCCAAGUGCUUCAUUAAGAGCAAAUGCAGGGAAUGAAGUUACCAAAGAAACUUUAUUUUAUGAUACAUUCUAGUAUAAAAUGCUAGUGAUACUUUGUUGAUCUGUUUAUAGUGUACAGUUAUUUUACUUCGUGCUCCACCAAAAGUAGAGGGUAACAGGCAAGUUGCAUGAACUCAUCAGCACUCUGUUGACAUUGUUAAUUUUACCAAAUUUUUUACCAACACACAAUAAGUUUGUGUUACCAAAAUGUUGAUUAAUUGUAAUGAAGUAGUAACUUUUAUCAGUUUUUGCUAGUAAUGUACUGGACUGUUGCAUAUAUUGUUGCCUCAUUGCAGAUAUAUCAAUCUUUGACACUUUUAGAAUACUGAGAAUGCUUACUAUCCUGGUCCAUAUCUCUCUCUCUCUCUCUCUCUCUCUCUCUCUCUCUCUGUGUGUGUGUGUGUGUGUGUGUGUGUGUGUGUGUGUGUGGCGCGCGCGUGGUCGUGCGCGUGCACGCGUGCAUUGGAUUUCAGUAGUAGAGUCACCUUUUAACUUGUGCCUGUUGUCUUUAAAACAGUCUGUUUUAGGGAACUAUUUCUAGGCAAAUUACUGUAUUAACAGUUGAUUGCAGAGGAAACUAGAAGAACCAUUCACUGUAAACAUUGUACUGUGGCAUCUGUGUAAUUCUCCAUCAGGCACAUAUCAUUAUGAAGAAUCAGUAUUUUGGGAAAUAUGUUUAAAGAACUUUAAGAUUUGAAUUAUUUUGGCAUAUUUACUGCAACAUAAAUUCUAUAUGUUACUACGCAUCUGACAUACAUUCAUUGUGAAUAUGUUUGUAGUUCUAGGAGAAGCAUGAUGUUCGCAUGAAAUGUGAUAUUCCUAAUAAGCCAGGCAAUGUAAUGAGAACACAAUAGCUAGAAAUUGGUAGAAGUGUUAACAGUUCAUGUGACUGUUAAUGUAUUGUAAUAGUGUGUCUGGUAAUUUGAUAUACCUAAGAGUGUCUUAACAAAAUUUUUAAUAAUGCAGUAAUGAUUGUUGGACUGAAAUGGACAUUUACUUACCAGUUGAUAAAAUGUGAAAGCAGUGGAAAACUAUCAGACACAAGUGAGGUGAAUAAAAGAUACAUAUCUUGAAUCUCUAAUUUUGAAAAUCUUAGUGAUGAGGCAGUUAGUUAAGAGGAAGAGGAGGAGGAGGAGGGAGAUAUACUGUGAUACAAGAGAGUUGGAAAUUACACCUCUAAGCCUCAUUUAGACAAGUCAGAUGGUAUGGAUAUUGACAGAAAUCACUGUGGGCUAUACCAACAGAAAUUAAAAUUCUACAGUUACUUUUUGCUUAAUUUCCUGCACCUUUCUCUCUUAGAUUCUGUCUCGGCUUCUUCUGCCUGGCAUAUAAAUUUUCAAAAGCUGGAGAUUCAUUAUCUGUUUUAUCACUUGUGUUUUGUCAGGUUUUCCUCAGCUUUUUUGUUAAGUAUAUGUUCUUCUUUGUCCCACAUCUGUUUGUGUUGUAUUCUGCUUUACUUUUGUGAAUUUUAAUUAUACAGUGACUGGUUCUUGCACUUGACUUGCACAGAAACCACCAUUGGGAUAGUAAUGCCUGCCUUUAAUCCCUUAUUUCAGGAUGAACCUAAGAUGUGAGGUGAUCUGUUCUCUGCCAACAAUAUAUGCAGCUUCCAGUAAUGUUCUUCUUUGGCAUAAGAAGCUUAAUAUGUGACUGAAAGUGAAUAAAUAAGCAAGUUGCCAGUUGCUCUCGUUUUUGUUUGUAGGAGUUAUUCUUGUUGUUCAGGUAUUUUUAAAAACAGGAGCAAGGGUAAAAUUGAAGAAGUUCCUUUAAAAAGGUAUCAGCUGAAAUUGUGUUACAUACUAUUUUGUUGUUCCAACAAAUAGUGAAAUGUUCUGUUGUCGCACUUUAUUGUGCAGUUCUGUUGUUUUUUUUUUUAAUUGUGUAAUGUAUAGUUUGUUGUGAGUACCAAAUUAUGUUAUAUACUUUCGUUAAUAUGUGAUUGAUCAGACAAUGUAAAAUAACUAGAAAGUAUUAUAGUACUGGAUGAAGGAGAGGGUGGUAGAAUGUGUUAUGCAUCUACCUAGUCAUGUUUUUCAUUACAAGUGACCUAUGAGAAAUAUAAAGGGUUUUAUGAAGCAGUGAACCUCAGCUCUAUGGUCCAGAGGACCAGUGGGUAUGUCUGAACAGUUCAUGAAAUAAUGCAUUUAGACUGAUGUAUUGCAAGCACGACACUGAAUAGUCAUUUUCCUGUGAUCUUUGUGCCAUAGGAAAUAUUUACAUUUUAUAUUUGUGAGCUUAAAUACAGGGUGUCCUCUCACAUGGAAAAACAGUAAUGAUUUGUGCAGUUGCUGAAAAAUGCAAAACAAGAUAAAAUGUGUUUGGGCUGCUGUUCUAUUUAACAAGCGCGAUGUCUGUGAGUUGCUGUCAAAAGGACCAAUAUGUUUCUGGUCAUUGUUGCUUGUAUUAUGUUUUUGUGGUAUCACUGAAUAAAAAACCAUUUUGCUCCUGGCACAUUUUGAAAACUUAAUUUGUCAAAAAGUUGACAGUGUAAUAGUGAGGGUGUGAAAACACUGUGCAGUUAGGCUACAAUAAAAGAUUUUUUUAAAAAUAAAAUGAAUAAAUACAUAUAAUAUUCAGAAAAAGAAUGAACACAUAAGCCUGAUACACUGAGCUUUGAUUGUGUAUUCUGUGCUUGUUGGAAUUCAAUAAAAUAUGUAAUGAUGGUGAGGUUCAUAAACAAAUCAUGAAACGAGUGACAAUGGCAGAAGGAAGCAUCUUUAGCUAUUUUCAAAAUUGGAACUUAGUGUAGUAAACUUAGGUAUUGAGUCAGCUGUCACAUUUUGUGAACGUUGCAUAUUCAGUCUGUGUACCAUAAAUUUAGUCAUACAUGAAAAAAGAGAAAGACUGAAGAAUUGUUACUAAUAGUGUUAAAUAUGAGUGGGCACCCUGCACAAAGGAAUAAAUAAAAUAGAGAAGUGUGUGUGUGUGUGUGUGUGUGUGUGUGUGUGUGUGUGUGUGUGUGGCGAGUGCGCGAACGUGUGCAUGCUUAGGAGUGCGAGAGCGAGUGCGCAAACGUGCGUGCGCUUGGGAGUGUAUGAGCGUGCAUGCGUGUGCUCAUUUGCACGUCCAGUUGUUGGUGAGGGAUAUUCAGACAAUUAAUUUGGAUAACAUUCAUUCUGAAAGAUCACAUUUUCAUUUUCAAAAGUCUAUUCAUUAGCAAUUGUCAUUCCCAUAUCACUUUGUGUCUGGUUGUUUUAAUCACUGUUAUAUAGAUCACAGAGCCUCUGAUGUAUGUUGUUUACGUGGUAUUGUUAUGUGAGUAUUAAGAUUUAUUUUCUUCUUCCCACAGAAAUUUCAUUUUAACCAUGAUUGUUUUAGAAAUGAUCAACAAUAGUGCAUUUAGUUAUUUAUUUUUCGAAAUGUAUACAGCACAGAAGGAGACAGUGAUACAAAUUGCAUCACAUGGGACUUAGGUGUGUUAACAACUUCAAGCCCUCCAAAGAUUUUUACAGUACUCAGCCUUCACACUAAGGAUUUCAUGUUAAUGAAGAGCUUUAUUGCUUUCUCAUAGUUACUUAACUGGCUGCAGAUAACUGCAGUUGCAACUAAAAGACCUUCAUUUAGAAAGAUGCUGUCCCCAUAUUCCAUAACUCUGUGGUGUGUAUGAAGUUCUAGGAUGUGAUCUUUCAGGUUUUCUCGGGGCGGUUAAUUAAUUGUGUACAUCCAAUUGUUCUGUCAAGCUGCUGUUUCCAUUUUGAGCACAGUAUUUUAACAAGUAACCCAGUCAUCCUGUUCAGGUGCUGCAAGUUUUGUUAUGUGUACUUGCUGCCUGGACUCCAUCCAGACUGUGAACUGGAUUGGUCUCAUGCCAGUAUUUGUAGCAUAGUUUGAUUCCCAAUGCCAACUGUGCCCUUUUGUUUUUCAGAGCCUGCCUAGAUAUUCCAUGAAAUGCAAAUCCUCUCAGCAUUUCUCAUCUCUGGUGGAUGUGGUGGCCAGCAAGAUCUUAAUAAAUUGCAUGCCAGAUCCCAAGCUAGUUUUAAUUUGAAACUUCAUCCCUGUUUAACAGGUUUUUUAUUGAAAUAUGGAUGUCAGAAAAUGUAAUAAACAAGGCUGGAGAUUUCAGUUUAAACAACACUUGUGGUUUGGUUCUCAAUUUGUUAAGAUCUAAGUGGCCUUCACUUCCACCAGUGCUGGAAAACACUGAGAGAAUUUGCAUUUCACAGAAUAUCAGUACAGUCUUUGAAAAACCAAAGAACUUCAAAUGGUGUAGUGGGCCUCAGGAAUCAAACUCAGCUACAAAUAGUGGUGCGAGCGAACAAUAAUACAGAGACUGCUAGGAGCCCAUGGUAGUGAGGAUGCUCAACAGCAAAACUCUUAGCGCCUGAAGAGGAUGGCUGGGUUGGACAUUGAAAUAUUACGCAUAAAAUGGAAACAAAUACUCAGUACAUCCCGGGGAAACACCAUUAAGUCCCAGGGUGCUGUCCCUACCAUCAUAACUUAUUUGUGUGCGUGUGUUACGAAAGGGAGAGAGGUGGGGAGGGGGGGGGGAAGGGUUAAUAAUUAAUGAAUGUUUGUAAGAGAUGAAUGAAAUGAGAGGAGCAGAAUGGUCGUUCAGAGCAUCGAAAUACUGUGUUCAGGUACUGAAUGUGAUGUAUUGUGUUUUUACUUGUAUAUUGUGGGCAGUGAGUAGUGGCGAUCAAAGAUGAAUGUUUCAAGUUAGACCGUAAUUCUUGGAAAUCGUGUGACUUGUAAGUUUUUAAUUCAAAACUCUCAGUAAUGAAUAUGUGCAAUUAUUUAAGAAUAAGUGCUGUUUGUGUCUGAAAUUGUAUAAUACAACCUGGCAGUUGCAUGUGUUCAUGCUAUUUGUGUAAAUUACCUAACAGACUUUUUUUUACUAUUGUAGAAAAAAAGCCAUUAUUCUCUUUCUCAGCUACACCAUUGUACGGAAGAAUUUAAUAGUGUAGUAUUUGAUGUUCAACAAUUCUAUAUCAGAUAACUGUGUGUUAAAUAAAUUAAGAAACAAUUUUCAAAA